AUGGCGUUCAAAGGACGGAUGUCGAUGCUGCCGAGCGCGCAGCAGCAAAUGCGAUCGCGGAAAAAAGAGGAAGACGCGGCGUUUGCCAGCAUGCGCUUGCCGGACCGCGAGAUCGUCGGCUGCAUCAACGAGCUUGGAAUCUCAUUUUCGGUCGCCGAUCUUCAGAAGCCAAACCCUAUUCAGGUUCAGAUGAUUUUCGAGAGGUUAGGAGAGCUUAUCAUGAACAAGACACGGCAAACAGUCGACCCAGCUAUGCGCGCAGCCGCCGAAGACCUCGCCGGUGAUUUUGGCGAGUCGCUGUUCCCCCCGGAUACGCGAAAUCUUAUGGGUUUCUUUGCGUCGUUACAGCGGCUAAUGGCUGAGUGCGGCAUCCAUGACUUCAGUUUCAAUGACAUCUACAAGCCGACCUACGAGCGCCUUAUCAGAAUAUUUAGCUACAUCAUUAACUUUCUACGAUUUCGUGAAAACCAGGCCAAGGUCAUCGAUGAAUACUACAACCGCGCCGAGACAACAAAGGCGCGCAUUGAACAGCUCUAUACUGAGAAUCAGAACCUGGAGGUGCAGCUCGAGGAGAUGCGGGAAAACAGGCGACAGAUGGAAGCGCUGGUGGCCGAGAAGACGCGGCGCAACGAAGAACUCAAGAAACGGCUUCUAGAGUUGAGAAGAAACCAAGAAAAGGUGGCAACGAGGCUAGAGGAGGCCAAGACUAAGAAAAACGAACUGGCAGCCGAGCUGGAGGAGAAGACGGCCACCAAGAUCCAACUAAAGCAAGAAUGCGCGAAGCUCAAGCCGUAUACAUUACAAAGCCCCGCAGCGCUGCAACAAGCCUUAGCCGAUUUGAGCAGCGCGCUCAACAAUGAUAAGGCCCACAUCGACGCCCUCGACCGCCGCGCGCGGGCCCUGCAAACAUCCAGCGACUCCUUUGGCGUGGUAACAGCCGACGUGGCGUCGUGCAUCAAGCUGCUCGAGGAAAUCGCCGUGGAGCUGGCGAAGGAAGAGGAGGACAAUGUUAAGAACGCGAAGCAGCGCGACGCUCUCACGGAACGUGGGGCCAACGUCCGCGAGGUCGAGCGGACCGAGGCCCUGCUCCGGCGCCAGCUAGCCAAGUGGCAGGAGCGCACAGAGACCCUCCGGCAGCAAAGCGAGGAGAAGGCGAAGCGGGCCAAGGAACGCAUGGAGGAGCUGCGCGAGGUACAUCGGAAGCUGACCGAGGAGCGGUCGGAGAAGAUGAAAGAUAUUGAGAGGAGACGGGUCAGAAUAGAGCAAAUCGAGAAGAAGAUGUUGGACCUUACAGAAAACAUCAAGAGCGAGGUACAAAGAGCACACGACGAGUACCUGAAGCUGGAGGCACACAUCAAGCUGUACAUCACCGAGAUGGAGCAGGCCAUCUAG